AUGGCUUUCGCCGUCGCCCAGCUCCCGGUGCUUUUCUUUGUUUUGGUGACAACGGGUGGCCUUGACAUGAUACGGAAGUUGCCCAAAUGGCUGUGGCGCUGUUGCAAGUGCUUGUGCUGCAUCCAGAGGCCUCGCAAAGAGGUAGAUUCCAAGCUCACACAGCUGCAGAAUCAGUACCGGAUGCAGAUUGCGAAAUCAGCGGCGGCUGUUGGAUUGCUCCUGAGCGCAGCAUACCGAUUUUAUCAAGUUGCCGGUGACACGUUCAUGGAGCGGAUUCAGCGUGAUGUGGUGCUGGUCACUUGGGAGGUAAUCCUGCUUGCAGUUACAGGCCUUAUCGCAUCCGGGAGAAUGACUUGGAGAUUCAUGAACUUCGCUUACUUCCUGUUGAUGCUGCUUCUAUCCAUUUCGCUCCUGCCGGGCAUGAUAGGAGGACGUCACCUCGUCAUGGCGAUCUCGAUGACAUGGCUCCUGCGUUGCAGCAUCGUACCGCUGACGAACUCGGUAAGGCUGGUGGUCUUCAGCAACUUAGUUUGCCACUUGUGCAUGCAUGUGGCCACAGAGUGGACGCGAGACAGAAACACACCGGAAAUGGGACCCCGGGGUCCCCGAGCCGAUUUCUACGUGCGUUUCGUUGACAACUCGCUGGCCAUUGACACGGCACUGUCACUGCUAUCUUGCCUCAUUAGCACCUGGCUGGAGCACACGACUUGCUCAAUUGUCGAGAAGAGCUUAGAGACGGCAAUGUUGAAGAACGAAGCCAAAGCAUGCGAGUCCUUAUUGGCAACUUUCUGUGAUGCACAUCUCUUCUUGGACUCAGCAUUGCGCCUGGUGAAAGACAUGCCGAAUCUCGCGUCAAUGCUCUUCCGUGCCAGCAACAACGCCGGUACCGACUUCAUGCAGUGUCUUGCGACGCAAGAGGACAGAGCGCGCUUCAUAGAGGCAGUGAACCGACCGGACACAGAGCGAUUGUUUCUGGCGCAGGCCAUGCAUCUGGCACUCCGGGAUGGAUAUGGCAAUACGAUUCCUGUGGAAUGUUUUCAUGUGAAGACCGUGGAUGCUCACGACCAGAUACGACAUCUCGUCGGGUUACGAGAGGCUGGCUGUGAGCUCGGUUUGCGGCACAAGCUUGAGUGCGAGGUCACAGAGAUGUGGGAGCAUUUCUCAUCAUUUAGCCAGAUCACGGCACAUCAAAGCCAGCAUCAGCAUAGGUCAGCGGACCGGGAGCGUUCCCGCUCGCGGUCGAGAGGGAAAGGGCUGGAAGAACAGUCUAACUUUCAGGUCAUCAAUUGGCCGCAGUUGUUUCAGGAUGCCGUUGGUGUAGUCGCAUCCGCUUGCAGCGGAACUGGGGCACCGUCUUUCGCCUUGAGACAGAUCAUCAGCAGCCGGAAUUUUGAAGCAGCAACGCGCGAUUUUUUCAUGAUGAACAACGACGUGACAUGCUUGGCGGGUGGUGUCACCGCCACGAUCGCUGGUGUGAUCCAGUCCGAUUGGCUGGCCAUCCUCGAGAAUGUGGAUGGCUGCUUGCGACGAGUGCACGGUCAACUUUCCCGGGAUGAGACAUUCCAGGAACGGGCUACCGUUGUGGAGCGGGAACAGAAUCCAGCGCAGGCAAAUGCUGCCACGCUAAUGGACCGGGUUGGGCGUUGGACGCUUUGCUCCUGCCAGGGCACAUCCGACUGCUUGGGAGGUGCAGCUGCAGACGAUCUGCUUGCCAAGAUUCCAAUGAGAGUGGUGAUCAAUUGUCUGGUUCGGAUGGCACACGCAUCCAGCACGAGCCUCUUUCGUCAGCGUCUGGAGGCUGGCAUUGCAUCGCUUGUCAAGUCGGCGCAACGGAUCCCGGCUUUUUCUCUCCCACAGACGACACGGGAUGCUGUGGCGAGAAAUGCCAAGAAACUGAAACUUUUUGGCACUAUCCUAACCGAAGAGGAAAGGGAUCUCAUCUUGUCGAUGCUGAAUGCAGACUGGGCAGAGACGACUGCGGAUGAGGGCUUGGUUCAUGUGUGCACGGCAGAUUGUUGUGCAUCCGAUGAGGACUUCGAGAGACGCAUGACUUCUGCUUUGCGAGCUGCGUUUGGGGGCGGAUUCGAGGUUCCUUUGCUGUAUCGUUGGAAAGGAUUUGAACCGGCAGCGGAAUUCGCAGCACGAGGGGUGGGCAUCCACGGAUUAUUUCUGUCCUUGUGGCGCUUCUGCCGUUCAGAUGCGGGUGACAUUGCUUUGGAGGAUGCUACAGUCUUAGACGAAGACGCUCCUGACAGCAAUCCGGCAUUCAAGCAACAGAUCCGGAUGUCCAAAGUACAGCAAAUCCUUGCAGACAGUGGAGCAGGAAAGACGGCUAUCGCCGAGUAUCUGCAAUUGCUUGAGUCCCCGGCCACGGCAGAUAACUGGUUUGCAGAUCUCGGGGUAAGCAAGCAUGUUUUGCUGGCCUGGGUCCUUGCUGAUGGAGUUUCAGAAACCGUCCGGCGGAAGCGCAUGCAACGAUUGAAAAUCAUGCUGGAAGAUGUUGUCGUUGCCAUUCCGUCGACUUCUGUUCAAGUGGAGCGACAGCACGCGAAUAUCCAGCUAGACAGUGCUGCGAACAAAAAAACACCUCAGCGUGCGGGCGGUGUGCAGGCAAACUCCUACGUGACCACCACACUUCUGGCGCAUAGAAAGGUUCGCAGCUGCCUGGAGAGCGAGAAAUUUGGUGUGGCCAAAGCAAGGAUACGGCGCACCAUGAAAUCUCGCUGUGCUAGCACAUCGUUUUUCGGCUUGCCAAAGAAAGGCAAGGCCAAGAUCACACCUGAGGGCACCGUCAAGGGCCGAAAUGGAUUGCUCAAGGGGCUUUUGUCCGGGCCCCAUUCGGUUCCAUUGUGUCGGCGUGUGAGUGCCUACAAUGUGUUUCAGCAAGAGUGCCGGUAUCUUGUCCGAAUGAUGAACUCGGUUCAGAUCAGUGAUCAGAAUGAGAUUGGGUCCAUGAUUGGGUCCCGUUGCGACAGUGUCAAAGUUGGAAGCUUGGAACACCGGCAGUUUACCCAGAUGCUGUCAGCGGAGUGGGCAAGAAUGACGCCGCAGAAGAAGCAGGAAUAUCAAGUGAGAGCAAACGACAUUCAGUUGGAGCGCGACCGACUCAGAAGCCAAGCUCUGCAGCAUCAGAAUUCUGCGGCUGAAGCCGCUGCGACCGGUACUGGCCUGCGGGAAUCGCAAAUCAAGAGAUUGAAUGGAGCACGCCUGGACAGCACGCUGCAGCAAGUGUCUGCUCACAAAUGCUGGCAGCAAGAAUUGGGCAUUUGGGAUCACAACGCUGCACUUCGUGGUUCCCUUGUGAAAAUUCCAGCCGAGCGGGCUGGUAUGGAUGCUUUACGUGCCGAAUACGACAAGCUGUUCGGUUAUGACGCCCAGGUUCUGGCGAAUCCGACAAGCACACCGACCUUCCUGCGUGCAUGUGCCACCACUGAAGCUGGGACCUGUGUCAAGGACGAGCAUUAUGACCAGUUUGUGGCUUUGGUGGGCCAGUUCGAUGCGGGGCUGGGGAAAUUGGGAGGUAGCCCCCUGCUUAUCAAAUUCGAGGUCCGAAUCUACAAUGAUCUCGUACUCGACGAUGACGUGGAUUCCGUCUUGGAGCUUCCUUCCUGUCUGGUGGCAGAGUUUGGUAUCGGCUUCAAAGAAGCAGAUGAUGCAGCCGCUGCGCGCAGAGCCACUUCAUCCACAGCCGUGUCCAAGCUACCGUUUGGCAUGUCAGCAUUGGUGGAACCCAAGAGAAGAGUGAGGAAACCACAGCAGACAGCUGAUGAUGAUCAAGAGCAAGAGUGUGACAAAACAGAAUCUUCGGUGAAAAAAAGGAAGCUACAGCCGAGUGCGGAUCCUGACAAAGCUUGGCCAACUGUACUCAGCCCAGAAGCACAGGAGGAAUUGGAUCGGGCACUUGCCGCUGACUUGGCUGCUCAAAGAGACGAUCUGGAGGAGCAACAGCCAGCGGAUGCACUUGUGUCGGUGCCUGCAAGCUCCUCGGACGCACCGGCGUCGGCCGUUGGACUACCUGCGUGCUCCUCCGACACACCUGCGUCGGCCGCUGGAUUAUCUCAAUCUCAGAGUAGCUACUUCCAGAAACAGCUAGGCAUUUGUGAACUUGCGAUUGUGAAACGCAAGGGGGUGAAGUGUUUUCAUUGUGAGGAUCAUAUUGACAAAGGCGAAUACCGCUUUGGAUUGGCCUACAGCAAAAGCAAACCCCAUCGUUCCAUACACAUGCAUUGUCUCGCGCAGCUGCGCGAGGAGUUUGUUUCGAAUUCAAUUGGAUUCUUGGAGCAGCGUGUGACCAGUGGUCGCUUGCCAAGAGUAGAGCAUGACAUUUGUCAAGAUGCUCUCCGUACCUUGAGAGAUUUGCAACCAGAUCCUUAG